CAAUGAAUGCAGGAACAGAAUCUAACUAUGCCUAUAGUACAUAUAUGUAAUAGUUAAAGCAAAGGGGAGAAGUAAAGAAAAUGCAGGUAAAUUAAGUGUUUCUCUAGAGGAGAUAGAUUAAAGUUUUAAUACAGUCACUAGAAUUAUUAAUUAACUAAUGGCAUCAGUGACAACACAGCAGCCUCAGGCAACAGACACUAAUUCUGUAGUGCUUAAGAGUGGCCCUGUUACUGUUAGACAUCUAAAGAACUCAGAAGAUGAUUUCAAAUUCUUUGCAAAAGUGUUGGUGGAAGCCUUUGAAGGAAAAUUUGUCUAUGCUACAAGUAAAGGCAGCCUACCAGACAUGGAACAAUUCAUGAUUAACAGACUGAGAGGACGACCCCCGGAGUAUUAUGAGAGGAAUUUCGUUGCUGAGUAUGAAGGAGAAAGGGCAGGUGCUUGUGUCCUGAUAUACCAUGGAGAUAGUGAAAUCUUCCCAGAGAGGGAAGAGGACAUGCCCCCACUUGGAUGUACAGAUAUUUGUGGGCUUGUCUGUAUGGAUUGUGCUCUUGGGGGUGAGAAGGUCCCACCAGGAAAGUGCUAUUUAGAUACCAUUGGUGUAGAUGCCAAAUUUCGAGGAAAGGGUAUAGGAAAAGUUAUGCUAGACGUGGCUGACGCUGAUGCAAAAAGAAGGGGCUGCAAGGCAAUUUACCUUAAGGUGGCCUCUAACAAUCGGGCCAAGCACCUUUAUGAGAGACAUGGAUAUGUGGUCAAGUAUAAAACCUCACGCUGCUGCUGCAUGUGGUGUCAGACAGGAAUCAAAGAAUUUACUACAGUGGAAAAGUCACUGGAGUGAGAUUGGGAACUACGAUACUUAAAAAGAUGUACUGUACUGGUGUCAGGAAUGAUUUCUAAUUGACUUUUUUUCAUUUGACUAAUUUUAAUGGAUUUUUCAUUUUACAUACAGUGUAUGUAUAUAUAUAUAUAUAUAUAUAUAUAUACACUUGUAUAUGAAUUCCUUCUGCAUUCAAUCAAUUAUUUUCUUUUAUAUAUAUUCUUUUAUUGCAUCCUAUAUUUUUAAUGACAUUAUUUUUUUGAAGCAUAUAAAUUCAGACAUAAUAAUACUUUUUGUUAAUGAAGAAAGGUUAUUAGUACAUGAAGUAAAAAUAUGUACAACAUAUUUGUAUAUAGUAAGUUGACAUAAAUGCAUUAGAUAGAUCUUGGAAGCGAGACUCAUUGUUUGUAACUUUGAAAACGAUUUACCUAAUUUAACAUUUAAUUGUUUGUAACUUAGAAAACUAUUAAUUUUUUUUCAAUUUUUAAAAAUGAAAUAAUAAUGAUAUUGUUUUACCCAUAUUGGCAUAUUGGAGUUCAUCCGGUGAUAUAUAUAUAUUUAUCCCAUGUUUACCCCUUUAUCCCGUGGAUAUGACUCAUUGGAUAAAUUUUUCAUAAUCCACAGUUAAGUGCAGUUGUGACGUCACAAUGGUUUUUGCGUUAGCAUAUUGAAGGAAAAUAAAGUGGAGUCCUAUAUGAAACAGUGUAAAACAUUGGUUGUGAAGUAUUAAACAAGGGAUAAAAAGAAUCUCCCAUGAUUUGUAGUCGGAUAUGACUUUUAUCCAACUCGUUGUGUGUUUUUAUCCCCUCGCCAAGGCUCGGGGAUAAAAAACACACAACUCAUUGGAUAAAAAUCGUAUCCAACUACAAAUCAUGGGAGAUCCUAUAUAUAUAAAAUUAUAUAUUACUUAAAUAAAGAGUAAACUUGUAAAAAAUAUUUUAAUCAAAACAAAUUUUUACAAAUAGUUUUACAAAGAUGAUAUUUUCAUAUUGCUUUAUAUAUUUCUUAUAAAUUUACUUGAUCUUGAUCACUUUUAUGCAUACUCUGAAGGUAUGCAGAUGGACUGUGAAUGUGAACUAAUGUUUUAUCUGAUAUACAUUUAUGUAUUAGCUCUUCUUUAAUUGUAGUAAAAAUGUUACUAUG